AUGAACGCGAGGAUCGCCUUUAAUCGCUCAAUUCACGCUCCGGGGCCCCCCGACGACUCAAUUCACGCUCCGGGGCCCCCCGACGACUCAAUUCACGCUCCGGGGCCCCCCGACGACUCAAUUCACGCUCCGGGGCCCCCCGACGACUCAAUUCACGCUCCGGGGCCCCCCGACGACUCAAUUCACGCUCCGGGGCCCCUCGACGACUCAAUUCACGCUCCGGGGCCCCUCGACGACUCAAUUCACGCUCCGGGGCCCCUCGACGACUCAAUUCACGCUCCGGGGCCCCCCGACGACUCAAUUCACGCUCCGGGGCCCCUCGACGACUCAAUUCACGCUCCGGGGCCCCUCGACGACUCAAUUCACGCUCCGGGGCCCCUCGACGACUCAAUUCACGCUCCGGGGCCCCUCGACGACUCAAUUCACGCUCCGGGGCCCCUCGACGACUCAAUUCACGCUCCGGGGCCCCUCGACGACUCAAUUCACGCUCCGGGGCCCCUCGACGACUCAAUUCACGCUCUGGGGCCCCUCGACGACUCAAUUCACGCUCUGGGGCCCCUCGACGACUCAAUUCACGCUCCGGGGCCCCUCGACGACUCAAUUCACGCUCCGGGUCUCCUCGACGACUCAGUUCACGCUCCGGGGCCCCUCGACGACUCAAUUCACGCUCUGGGGCCCCUCGACGACUCAAUUCACGCUCCGGGGCCACUCGACGACUCAAUUCACGCUCUGGGGCCCCUCGGCGACUCAAUUCACGCUCCGGGGCCCCUCGACGACUCAAUUCACGCUCCGGGGCCCCUCGACGACUCAAUUCACGCUCCGGGGCCCCUCGACGACUCAAUUCACGCUCCGGGGCCCCUCGACGACUCAAUUCACGCUCCGGGGCCCCUCGACGACUCAAUUCACGCUCCGGGGCCCCUCGACGACUCAAUUCACGCUCCGGGGCCCCUCGACGACUCAAUUCACGCUCUGGGGCCCCUCGACGACUCAAUUCACGCUCUGGGGCCCCUCGACGACUCAAUUCACGCUCCGGGGCCCCUCGACGACUCAAUUCACGCUCCGGGUCUCCUCGACGACUCAGUUCACGCUCCGGGGCCCCUCGACGACUCAAUUCACGCUCUGGGGCCCCUCGACGACUCAAUUCACGCUCCGGGGCCACUCGACGACUCAAUUCACGCUCUGGGGCCCCUCGGCGACUCAAUUCACGCUCCGGGGCCCCUCGACGACUCAAUUCACGCUCCGGGGCCCCUCGACGACUCAAUUCACGCUCCGGGGCCCCUCGACGACUCAAUUCACGCUCCGGGGCCCCUCGCCGACUCAAUUCACGCUCCGGGGCCCCUCGACCACUCAAUUCACGCUCCGGGGCCCCUCGACGACUCAAUUCACGCUCUGGGGCCCCUCGACGACUCAAUUCACGCUCUGGGGCCCCUCGACGACUCAGUUCACGCUCCGGGGCCCCUCGACGACUCAAUUCACGCUCCGGGGCCCCUCGACGACUCAAUUCACGCUCCGGGGCCCCUCGACGACUCAAUUCACGCUCCGGGGCCCCUCGACGACUCAGUUCACGCUCCGGGGCCCCUCGACGACUCAAUUCACGCUCCGGGGCCUCUCGACGACUCAAUUCACGCUCCGGGGCCCCUCGACGACUCAGUUCACGCUCCGGGGCCCCUCGACGACUCAAUUCACGCUCCGGGGCCCCUCGACGACUCAAUUCACGCUCCGGGGCCCCUCGACGACUCAAUUCACGCUCCGGGGCCCCUCGACGACUAA